AUGCAUCGGCGCGGCGUGCGGCUGGACUUCCUGCCGGAGGGGUUCGGCCGGCGGCUGGAGAAUACCAGCCAGCUGGAGGCGGACACGGGUUGCCUGCUGUGGCGGGUCGAGUGGCGCCUACCACUGGCCGACGCAGUACGCACUGACGACAGAGUUCCAGACACGUCUCGGCUGUCGGAGGUGCUGGCGCGUCACCUGUCGGACGCGCUGGCGCCCGAGGAUCCGCUCCAGUUUUACCGGGCCGCUCUUGAGUCCCGCGCCGUGUACAUUGAGCUUCCCGUGAACAAGACGCUGGAGGCGUGCCUGAAGGACCGGCUGGUGAUCGAGUUCCCGAUUCUGGUGGUGACCACCGAGGAGCAUGCCGUCCAGUACCGGGAGGACGUGAUAGAAGGUGCGUUCGAAGCUUCGUGCGGCUGGUGGUGGUGGUGCGGGCCGCAGUGA